CCUGUCAGUGCCCAUCAGUGCCACAUCAAUGCCACAUUUCAGUGCCGACCAGUGCACAUCAAUGCCACCCAUCAGUGCCAGUCAGUGCCACCUAUCAAUGCCAGUCACUGCCACCUAUCAGUGCUGCCAAUCAGUGCUACCUAUCAGUGCCAGUCAGUGCCACCUAUCAGUGCUGCCUAUCAGUGUGCAUCAGUGCCGCCUAACAGUGCCAGUCAGUGCCACCUAACAGUGCCAGUCAUUGCCGCCUAUCAGUGCCAGUCAGUGCCCCUAUCAGUGCCAUAUAUGAGUGCUGCCUUUCAGUGCCCAUCAGUGAUGCCUGUAAAUGCCCAUCAGUGCCAACUACCAGUGCCUCCUCAUCAGUGCCCAUCAGUGCCACCUAUCAGUGUCCAUCAGUGC